GAACGACAUUGCAUAAUAAUGUCCAUUAUAGUUUAGUCUCUCUGUUCUGUUUUCACCAUAAUCUCAGCAUCCUCUAUUUCUUCCUCACUUGUCAAAUGUUGGUAAAUACGUCAAGAACCUUUAUUGACUCAAUCUGACAUACGAUGGUUAAUUGGAAAUAAAAUAAUUAACCAUCAGASUAAUUCAAAGGACUGGAACGAGUCUCCACUCUAUACUGCAGGAGACUAUAUAAGCAGUACAAAUAUCAGCAGUUUCAUGACUCGAAGGGAUUCUGUGGUGACGUUGUCCCCCGAGUCUUGGCCCAAAGAUGUGUUUGACAGGUUGGAACGAUUCAACUUGCUGAAAGACUAUUCACGACCAAAACCCUUGGCUUACAGCGAUGGUAAAGGGGUUGUUGCUGGCACCACUAAUGCUUUUGCAGUACAUGCUGGAGUCGAUGCACUGAAGAAAGGAGGAAACGCGAUGGAUGCUUGUCUAGCAACAGCUGUUACAGAAGUUGCCCUUGCAACAGGCUCGUACGUGUCUUAUGCUGGCGUAAGUAACAUACUGUACUACGACAAGAAAUCAGACAAAGUGUACAGUCUUGACGGUGGUUGGGACGUACCACGUCAAAAACCAUACGACAUUCCACCGAUUCAUUCAGAGGGUCCGAACGGCGCGACAGUUCUUAUACCAGGGUUCAUUGCGGCAGUUGUGGAGGCGGCCAAAACGUUUGCCAAAUUUCCACUCAGCACACUACUCGAGCCUGCUUUGUACUUCACAGAGAAAGGAUUCAAAGUUCCAUACUGGUUGUAUGGCAGCAUUUUCGUAAAUUAUAACUCCAAGACACUCCUUCGCACUCCAGAAGGGAAAGCUCUGUUCACCAAUCCCGACACUGGCAGACCAUAUGCAUAUGGAGAACUAUUCAGGCAACCAGCAAUGGCGGAUUUCUUACGUAACGUAACGAUGAAAGAUACAGAUUACUUCUACAAAGGCAGUUUUGGUAGGCGGUUCGCUGCUACUGUGCUUAGCCAAAAAGGAACAAUCACUGAAGAAGACAUGGCUAAUUAUCAGGCUAAAUGGAAUGAGCCAGCAUCCACUUCAUACAGCGGCAAUCAGUUUUACUCAUCGGGAGCAGACUGGGGAGGCGCCGAACUUGUUCAAAAACUUAAUCUAAUGGAGUUAGCAGGGUUUUCAUCGGGUGGUGACUCGUAUCUCAGCAACUCAUUGAAACUUUUCUGGCUAGCAUCAAUAUCACGACUGAGUUUCUUUGCAUCGUGGUACAAUGUACUCGGAAUCGAUGGUCCUGGAAAGCUAAAGGAAGCGUUUGGUGUCAGUUUCAGUAACGCUGACCGACARACUAAAGAAACUGCCGAACAAUUGUGGGAGAAAAUUGGUACUCCAGAAAAGAUGCGCAUGGCAAAUGAAAUCAUCAGGAAGCUUUUAGGUGGGCGUGGUAAUCGUGAAGCAACUCCCGAGGAGUACUUUGGCUCUGACGGCGUUGUAGCGCUGGAUAGCGAAGGUAAUGCAUGUGCAUUAGCGCACACAAUCAACGGUCAAAUGUGGGGCACAGGAUUGUUUGUAGACGGGAUUGCUUUACCUCAUUCAGCCGCAAUUUUUAAGAGCUUCGUUAAGGUAGCCAAGCCUGGCUCACGACUUCCUAGCGGGCUGCAACCUGUACUAGCUUUGAAGUCCAGUUCCAAAGAUACCUACGAUCGCYAUCCUGUAUUAGCAGUGUCUGUGAUUGGUCAGUCCKACAGCAUGACAACACAGCAACUAAUCACCAAUGUUAUUGACAGUCRCAUGACUCCAACCCAGGCUCUCGGUUCUCCGACGUUUCUUCUUCCAUCAGUUGAUUCAUACUACCAAGAUGUUCGCAUCGAGGAGUUUGUGUUGGAUAAUGACGUGAGGAAUAGUACUGAACARAUGGGUCAGAAAAUAACCGAGGUUCCRUACAAGGUGUCAAAUGGUGCUUUGGGUCUUGGAGUUAUUGCUACUGCUGAUGAUCAAGGAAACAUGUACUCGGGAACUAAUCCUGAUCGAUGGGGUUAUGCUGAAGGAGUCGCAUCCUUCGAGUAAAUGACACUGUUUGUCAUGAUAGUACUAGUAAAGCUAUGUUUAAUAUACAGUGAGACUUGAAAUCAAUUAAACCAUUCAAUUGCUCCUAUAAA